AUGGCACCGAAUUCCUUCCUCGUCUCGGACCCUGCCUACGGCCCGGUCUUGAGCAAGCUUCGGCAAGGCGUUGAGCGGCCGGCGACAGUUCGAGCUCUAGUGGGCGAGCUCACCAAGAUACUGACCAAGAAUGCGGUCAAAGAGGCGGCGUCUCCAGAUGAGAAAAUCGCCGUCAUUGUCAUUUUGCGAUCCGGCCUUGCCAUGAUGGAGCCAUUUGUCGACUGUCUCCCCGAGGACACCGACAUGGUGAUCCAUCAUAUCGGCUUGUUCCGAGAGCGCCAAACCCUACAGCCCGUUGAGUACUACAACAAGCUACCGCUCAAGGCUCCCAACAUCAAGCGUGCAUAUGUCCUGGAUCCUUUGGUGGCUACCGGUGGCACAGCUGGGGCUGCCAUCUCAAUUCUCAGGGAAUGGGGUGUUGAAAGCAUUUCCUGCCUGUGCCUUCUGGCUAGUAGGCCGGGUCUCGAGAAGGCCGCUAAUGUCUGGCCCGAGAACACUCGCUUCUUCGUGGGCGCGGUUGACGAGGAAUUGGACAGUAAGGGCUACGUCAAGCCAGGACUCGGAGAUAUUGGAGACAGCCUAUUUGGAACUGGGAACAGUUCAUCUCAAUAA